UUAUAAAGUUGAAAGGUCAGUUACGUGAAUUGCCGGUAAAAGCCCGCAUGUGUGUAGCUACAGAUUGAAGUGUUUUUGUGCAGCUAAUGUUGACGUUUUGUCGCAGUUUUUGUUAAGUCCAGGGUCCGAGAUUUAGGCAGUCUGUACGAUGGAAGAUGUAGAGGACGGAAUUCCCUCCCCUAUAGGACUGUUCAGCUACGACAACUUGAUCCAUGCAGUGGCGGGAGCGACGGGCAGUGUGACUGCUAUGUCAGUGUUCUUUCCUCUGGACACAGCAAGACUCAGGUUACAAGUUGAUGACAAGAGGAAGGCAAAGUACACUCACGAAGUCAUCUCUGAAAUUUCAAAAGAGGAAGGCGUGAAGGCGUUAUACCGAGGAUGGUUCCCUGUAGUUUCCAGUCUCUGCUGCUCAAACUUUGUUUAUUUCUACACAUACAACGGGCUGAAGACAAUCAUGAACCACCAGCCAAGCGGACCUCUCAAGGACCUGUGUCUGGCUUUCAUGGCUGGUGUGGUGAAUGUCUUGCUGACCACACCCAUGUGGGUAGUGAACACCCGGCUGAAGCUGCAGGGGGCAAAGUUCACCGGAGAAGAACAGCGGGAGAACAAACCCCCGCACUACAAGGGCAUUAUGGACGCGUUCCGGCGUAUCGUGCGAGACGAGGGUGUGUCUGCCCUGUGGAGUGGAACCCUGCCCUCCCUCAUCCUGGUCUUCAACCCCGCCAUACAGUUCAUGUUCUACGAGGGCUUCAAACGGUCUCUUACCAGGGUUACCCAUCAGCACUCUGCUGUUUCUCCUCAGGAACUGAACGCCUGGCAGUUCUUCCUGGUCGGAGCCCUUGCCAAGGGAAUCGCUACGGUUUCCACCUACCCUCUGCAACUCAUCCAGAGCAAGCUCAGGUCUGGGAGGAACAAGAAGGCUGAGGAGGGCCGACAGACCAGUGAAACCUUCCGUAGUGUGGUGGUCAUGAUUCAACAACUGCUCAGGAAACAGGGACUGAAAGGCUUAUACAAAGGGCUGGAGGCCAAACUCCUCCAGACAGUUCUCACUGCAGCACUCAUGUUUCUGAUCUACGAGAAGAUAGCAGCUUUUGUCUUUAGCAUCAUGAGGCCGGAGACAGUUUUAGAGGCAAUAAGGAGGAGGUAGUAAAGAAAGAAAUGAAGAUCCCGUUCCUUGUUUUCAGUAACUGUUGGAUAAGACUGAAACAAAAGUCUGACCUUGUGUCAUUCAGUGCAGUCAAUGUAGACCAAUUGUUGCUGAAACUGGAAUAAUAGGUAAAACAGAGGGUACAAUGUCUUUGUAGUUCUUCGGAGUUUAGGUGGACUGUCAAUUCCUCACAUGUGGCUUCUUAGUUCAAAACUUGAGGCAUACAGUCAUCCACACCUCCUGAAUGUACAUUGUACAUGCAGGCAGCUUGUCUGGUUACCAAGGCAAUAAUUUGGCUUGCCCCCUGGAUUACCCAGAGUUCUCAAAUUUUUCCCAGCAUGCAAAGGAUUGCCACUGGGGACUAUGGCCAUAUUAUUUCGUUAACUCAAAUGAAAGUUAAUCUAUGAUAAAGCACAUUAUGAAAAUUUACAAUGAAUGCAGUAUCCAUACACAAAUUAAAAUGGUUAUUCAUUAAAAUUACCAGAAGCCUAAGCCCACAUGACCUGGGAAGAAAGACGACAUCAGCAACAGAUCAAAGGUGUCUUUAGUUGGUAACGGCCCCCGUCUUAGUUGAGGGACAGUCUAAGUGACCUGAUAUAUGUGGCUUCUUUCUCUCCUCUUAGAAUUCUAUUUCUUUACUUGUUGGUGGGUUAAUGCAUGUAUAUGACAAUCAGGGCAUGCAAAUGUUUUUUUUUCAAUUUCUUUCUUUUUUUUAACAUUCAUGAAUAAAUUCAUUUUACUUAGUGUAGUUUAUCAAUUUUUUUUUACAAACAGUCCAUUGUGUAUACUUUUGUAUAUUUUUUGUGCAUUCAUAGAUACAAGAACUGUUUUACUGUUAGGGUUUGAAAUACUGGGUGUGUAUUAUGCACUAAUAUGCACCAAAAAUUGUGUACCUAAUUUUUACGGUGGGUGUGCCAGUGUACCAAAACAUUUAUGUAGGGUUAACCUGUCUCAUACACAAUUGUCCUCUUGCACACUAGGGUAUGAUAUUCUUAACAUUUGAAGUUCUAAAAAUUAUAAAAGGUUUAGGAUAGGAAACUUACUAAUAAAUAGUAGAUAUUUAGAGUGUGUUUGAUUAAUUUUUUUAGUAGUAUAUAAUCAUGUUGUAUGAUAUAGUUUUGAAUCCCCCCAAAAAACAUCAUGACUAUGCAAUCUUAGCUAUAUUUACUGGCUUCAAACUGGUUGGACUGAAUGAAUAAACCAAUUUCAAAUUAAAUGUGUUCAAAUAAAUGAUAAUACGAAA